AGCAGAAGUCGAGGGUUUUCCAUUUGCGCUUUUAUUUUUUGCCUGUUCGCUUGCAGGACAGCAAAAAGCCGUGGUUUCGAUACUGAAACAAUGUCGUCGUCGUCGUCAAAGAUGAUCACCCUGAUAAGCUCCGAUGGCGUGGCCUUUGAGGUCAACGAGGCCGUGGCUCACGCAUCCCAGACCAUUAAGCAAGUGAUCGAGGACACUUGCACCGACGACGGCAUCCCGGUCCCCAACGUGACGAGCAAGAUCUUGGCCAAGGUCCUCGAGUACUGCAAGAAGCACGUCGAGCCAGCCAUCUCCGACGGUGAUCUCAAGGGCUGGGACGCCGAGUUCGUCGAGGUUGACCAGGCCACCCUAUUCGGUCUCAUCCUGGCUGCAGACUACUUGAACAUCAAGAGCCUUAUGGAGCUGACAUGCCAAACAGUGGCAGACAUGAUCAAGGGAAAGACCCCAGAGGAUAUCCGCAAGACCUUUUACAUCAAGAAUGACUUUUCCCCAGAGGAAGAAGAGGAGGUUCGUCAGGAGAACCGGUGGGCAUUUGACUGAUGUCGGUAACAAUUUGAAGUGGAAUUUAGAUACAAAAAUUAGGUUUACAAACAACAACGUGGUUUAAGGUUUACCGUUUUGAGUUUAUACUAGGGGUAGUUAUUCUGGCUCUAAUAUUUCCUCUGUUUUAAUCACUCUACUUAUCAUAGCAUCAGCACUUCUCUUGAGAUUCUAUUAUGUUGUUCCUGCGCCCCCAUCAUUUGGGUUUGUAGCCAAUAAGUAUAUCUCCAAUUAAUUUUCCUCAUGGUUGAAAGUUGA